GCAACAUAAAAGUUUCCUGUUGUUUUUGACUCCGUCUCGGUCUCGGUCCGUCCCCCGUCUCCCGUCUCCUCCCCCCUGUGAGCUGAGGCUGGUAGACCUCAGAGCCUCCCUCAGUGGGACGCAGGAGUUCAGGGACGAGGACCAGCCUGGAUUGGACGGACAUGGACAAACAGAAAGUGCUGGGGAAGCUGAUGUGGGACCUGCAGUCCUUCCUGUCCGUCCUGGACUCUGAGAACCUGAGUUACAUCGCUCAGGCUCAGAAAAAGUCCAUCUCAGAGCUGCUGUCCAAGCUGCAGACGCACGACGCUCCAGUGGAAGAUGCUGAGUACAUGAUCAUGAGCUGUCCAUCAUCGUCUCCUAGCAACGAGCUGGAGCAUCCACCUGGGACAGAAGGUGUUCGGACGUCUGAGCUGGUCUCAGAUCAAAACUCUUCAGCCUGGACAAGGAAUGGGGGCCCCGCUGUCCCCCCCCACCCCCCAGGGGGUCUGGGAGCUGAUGAUGAUGAUGAUGAAGAUACGUACGAGGAGGCGGAGCCUUACGUUUCUGCUGAUACCACCAUGACCAACACAGAGAGGGCGGAGUCAGAGAGCAGCCACUACGAGUCCUAUGGUGAUGAUGAUGAUGAAGAGGAGGAGGAGGAGGAGGAGGAGGAGGGGCUAGUGAAGGACAGAGCUCACUACAUCCAGUGGAGCUCCUCCCAGCCCUGCCUCAGACCAGAACCCGGGGGCCUCAGACCAGAACCCGGGGCCCUGAGACCAGAACCCGGGUCACGGCUUUGUGGGUACCUGUGGAGGAGGAAGUGGCUCGGACAGUGGAGCAAACACCUGUUCAUCAUCAGGAAGGACGCACUGCUGUGCUAUAAAUGCGCUCGGGAUUUACUGCCUCAGCUGGAGCUGAACCUUCGUGGAUGUCAACUCGUCUACAAGUCCAAGAGCAACGGGAAGAUCCAGCACCAGCUCAAACUGGUUCCACUGGGAUCGGAUUCCCUGGUUCUGGGCUACACUAGCUUCCAGCAGGCUGACGAGUGGAGGAAGGCGAUCGAGGAGGUGAGCGUUGGAGAUGAGAUUGAGACCCGGAGCUACUCGUCUCUGAAUAAAUCUGAGCUGCUGUCCUGCAGGUCCAGUACAGUCCAGACUGACUCCGACGAGGAGAAACCUUCAGCUCGCUGCAGGUUUAACAAAGACAAAGGUUUCCUGAAUGUGAUGAUGAACUGUCAGUGGCAGAGUUUACGUUGUCAGGUGGAGGCCGGACUCCUCAACAUGUUUGGAGAGGAGGAGGAGAAGGAGGAGGAGGAGAAGGAGGAGGAGGAGGAGAAGAUGCAGCGUUCACCUCAGUACACCGUCCAGCUGAAAGGUUGUGAGGUCACAGCCGGACCCGACACUGACCACUCCUACAGGAUCACACUGAGCAUGCUCGGUGACCAGGUCGCUGUGCUGGAGGUCAGUACCUCAGAGGAAAAGCUGCGCUGGUUGAAGCUCCUUCAGGAUGGAGCAGCCCAUCUCAGUCACCAUGACAACCAGACAAAGGAGGACACAGGUGUCUGUCUCAGUGGGCUGCAGACCCGGAGGUUUCCCACCUCCAACAACUACAUGGACGACCCCUUCCACCUGAGUGGUUCGGCCCAGCCCAUCUACUCCAACACCUCCCUACUGGAACACAUGCUGCACAGCUCUCAGGAUUCAGUUCGCUGCAGCUCGGUGUCGUCUAAGGGCUCGGUGACAUACAGCAAGACAGGGUUCAGCAGCCAGAACAAGAAGGCGGCUGAAGUGCAGCGAGCGGUUCAGAAGCUGGAGCUGACCGGGAGGAGGCCGGUGCAGAUGAGGGCGGGCUCAGAGAUCAACCUGGCGUCCGCCGCCAAGCAAAACAAACGCACCUCUUUCAGGCAGUCGCUGGCGAUCUGCACUGAGCGCGCUCAGGCUGGUUUCCUGAACCCUCUGCUGCGACGGACGGCGUCGGCUAAAAACUCUUUGAGACGGGCUCCAUCAGCACUGUUCAUCGAACAUGGAAAGGUUUUCCAGAGGAAGAAGGAAUGGGAAACCAAAGCUGCUGCUUGACCUCCUCCACAAACAAGUAAAUAAAAUAAAUGAAGUAUGUAUCUAAGCUAUCUGUAGUAAUGACAAUGGAGGGGUUCGUGUUUUAAAUAAAGUUUUAAAGUGUAUUUUGUGAACGCUGGGGGGGCGUCUCUUCAGACCCUUCAUCAGAUUUUAUACAUAUACAAAUUGUUAAAUUCUCCUUUCACAGUAAGUGUUUUAAUUAGCUCUAACGCUGAGAAACCAGAGUUUAUAUUUACAUAAACACACCCCUCUCUGCCCAGGCUGGUUGGUACCUUCCGGCCGCAGAGCUUCACUUUAGCAUCAGUGGCUAAGUUAGCUUCUGUGGUUGCUAACAGCCGAGUAGUUGUGUUUAUAAUAAAAAAACCUGAACAGAACAGCUGAAUAAAUACUAAAAAUAUUUCUGAAAAGUAGAUAAUAAAGUAAAACAACAGCUACUUUUCUUAAUUAAUUAAUAGUGUUAGCUUGCUAACGCACUGUUAGCUCUGAGAAGAAAACAUUUUCUAGUUCAAUGUUGUUUUUUAAAUCCUUGAAACACUUAAAAUCACUGAUGACAUUCAACACGUCUUUAAAUAUCACAGAAAAUCUAAUAAUGUAGAAUUGAAUCUAAUUUGUUUCUUGAAGUUUCGGGUUCAUGUUGUUUAACAGAAUAUGGUGACCGGUGUUUAGAAGGUAAUUUUAAAUAAAUAUGCUUUGUUUAAUCUUUAUUGUAACUGUGUGAUUUAAGGGAAUUUGUUUUCAUCACGUACUGAAGAACACGAUGUAAUAACUGAUCAUGAUCAUGAUGUUCAUUUUAUUCACGGAUUGUAGCAUUUUUAUAUUGUGCUUUGUACUCAGGAAAAUGUUUCAUUCUGACCAAACACUGAUUCUGUAAAAUUAUUAUAUUAAAAAAAUGAUUUUUACAUUU